AUGUUUCGAUUAGCUCAGUAUGUCCUUAGAGGAUCGCAUCAUGAGAUUAAAAAAUCAUUUUUAUAUUCAAAUGUUCGAAUGUAUCUAUCAGAUGCUUAUCAAGCAUUUGAUAAAUGGGAUGAAUCAUUAUCAAGUGAAAUUUUACAAAAAACUAAUAUUAGUAAACUUUUGAUUGAUGUUGAACAUAAAUUAAUUAGAAAGAAAUAUGUUAGUUCACUCGACAUUAAAAUUUCACUUGUUCCUAAUUAUCUUGAUCUUGGUCAAAAAGAACGUUUAUUACCUAUUUUACAUGAUAAAGUUAAAUAUGGAAUUUUUCUUGAUCGAUUUCCAGCUAAUCUUUUAUUAAAUGCAUUUUUACUUGAAAAAAAAUACAAAAGUAAAUAUCAAUUGAGUCUUUUUUUAAUUAUGUAGAGAUUCUAAAAUAGAAGCUGCACAAGUUUGUAUAGAUC